AUGUCUUCAAAUGAAACGCCACUUAAUAACGGUUCUUCUCAUACGUUAGAGCUCACAAGGAGCAAUGCUCUAGAUAUUUCGUUAGCGCCAACACCAUUGAAUGGGAAAAGUAGUGAUGACCGAUUUGAUUUGAAAAGAGAUACUCAACUGGAGGAAGAGGUUUCUUCGAAGCCUUUGUCAAGCUACAUUUUGGUGAUGUGUCUCUGUCUCAUGGUUGCAUUUGGUGGUUUUGUUUUCGGCUGGGACACGGGCACAAUUUCUGGGUUUGUCAACAUGACAGACUUCAAGCAAAGAUUUGGUUUCUAUGACCCUUCAUCCGGUACAUAUUACCUUUCUGAUGUACGAACAGGGUUGAUUGUGGCUAUUUUCAAUAUCGGGUGUGCCAUUGGCGGUUUGACUCUUGGAAAACUAGGCGACUUGUAUGGUCGUCGCAAGGGUCUCAUGGCGGUCAUUAUUGUAUACGGAAUAGGGAUCGCAAUUCAAAUUUCCUCUUCGCGAAAAUGGUUUCAAUAUUUCAUUGGUAGAAUUGUCUCUGGUCUGGGGGUUGGUGGUAUCGCUGUCCUUUCCCCCGCGUUGAUUUCCGAAACUUCCCCCAAGCACUUGAGAGGCACUUGUGUAUCCUUUUACCAGCUUAUGAUUACUUUGGGUAUUUUCGUUGGCUAUUGCACUAACUAUGGAACUAAAAGCUACACGAAUUCGGUGCAGUGGAGAUUACCGCUUGGACUAUGCUUCCUGUGGGCUAUUUUCAUGGUUUCUGGGAUGGUCAUGGUGCCAGAAUCUCCUCGCUACUUAGUUGAGGUAGGCAAGGUGGAAGAGGCGAGACGCUCCAUCGCAAAAUCGAACAAGCUUAACGAAGAAGAGCCUGGUGUUACUGCUGAAAUUGAACUCAUAAGCGCGGGAAUUGAGGCCGAGCGUGCGGCCGGCAAUGCUACUUUCGGCGAAUUAUUUUCAUCCAAAGGGAAAAUUCUUCAACGAGUGGUGAUGGGUGUCAUGAUCCAAUCCCUCCAGCAAUUAACAGGAAAUAACUACUUUUUCUAUUACGGGACUACAAUUUUCAAAGCUGUUGGACUUGAAGAUCCUUUCGAAACUUCCAUCGUGUUGGGCGUGGUGAAUUUUGCCUCAACGUUUGUUGGCUUGUACACCGUUGAAAAAUAUGGGAGACGUAAUUGUCUAUUAUGGGGCUCUGCGUGUAUGUCUGUUUGCUUUGUUGUAUUUGCUACAGUGGGUGUUACGAAAUUAUGGCCGAACGGUAAAGAGCAGCCAUCGUCCGUUAGUGCCGGUAACUGCAUGAUUGUAUUCACCUGUUUGUUCAUCUUCUUCUUCGCCACUACGUGGGCACCAAUUGCUUACGUUAUUGUCGCGGAGUCGUAUCCACUUCGCGUAAAAAAUCGUGCAAUGGCCAUCGCUGUGGGCUCCAAUUGGGUGUGGGGUUUCAUAAUUGGUUUUUGUACACCAUUUAUCACUACUGCGAUCAAUUUCUAUUACGGAUAUGUGUUCAUGGGGUGUUUGGUCUUCUCAUUCGUCUACGUGUUUUUCUUUGUAUGUGAGACGAAGGGCUUGACUUUGGAAGAGGUUAACGAAAUGUAUGAAGAUGCUGUCUUGCCUUGGAAAUCAGCAUCUUGGAUUCCUUCUUUGAAGAGAGAUGUUUAUCAAGUUGCUUCCGGCUGCGGUGGCGCCUAA